GAGUCGCUUCAUUACCAUACUCUCUGGACACCUCUACCCGAUAGCAUAAUACAUCCGUACCUUCUGCACAUGUGAUACUUUACACACACAUGUUUGUACAUAUCUCCGGUAGCUCCAUUGCUGCUUAGCCCUCUGUUCCUCAAUUCCACUGUCAUGCAGCAAAAUAUAUGGGUACCGUUUUGAAAUCUUACUUGGUGCAUCUUUGGUGUGGUCAGUCAAGAGGGGGAGGCUAACCAAUUUUUUUGCUAGCAUCUUCCCCAUCUGCCAGUGCUGUUCUUUAAAUGUCUCCACAGGAAUGUAUCAGCAAACAGACGCAAUGACUUCACCAACAGAGAAAAUCGUGCUGAAAAGCACAUCAACAAUUUCCCUCAACGAUCGCUUCACCACCAUGCUGAACAACAAGCAGCUGGAGCCAGUGGCUGUACGAGUCAACAUGCAGCAGCAGCAAGUGGCCAGUGUCCGCAACAGGAGACUGGCUCUGCAGAUGGAGAACAGGACCUCUGUGCAGGCUGCCCUGCAGCCCAAGAGCCUGAAGCAGCGCCUGGGGAAGGGCGAUGUCCUGGCAAGGCUAAGUCGGCCCAUGGGGACCCUGAUGCGGGGGGCCACCAGAAGCCAAGGGUUUGCUGUAAGGGGACUGCAAGGAAUGCAUCGAGGAGGUUUCGGAGUGUGUGGAAACAACAGAAAGGGCUUUUUCAGAGGUGGCUAUGCUUUCAGAGGUGUGAAUCAGAUGCAUGCCCGGGGAGGGGUGACUAAGCUUAGGUUUUGUCAGGGCUUGAGGUUGCAAGGUGGCCAGCUGAACAAUGCUGGAGUGCUGGUUAGCUGCGGAGCCAGGAAUGAACUGGGCCUGAGAGGAAGAGGCAGAGGAGCUGGUCUGGGCCUGCGGGGCCGGGGAUGGUUCCGAAGCAUGGGCAAACCUGAAAAAAUCCCCACCAAAGAGGAGCUGGACAACCAACUAGACAACUACAUGUCAAUGACCAAGAGCCACCUAGACGCAGAGCUGGAUUCCUACAUGGCCAUGGCAGGCUCCGACUACAUGGAGUAGAACCCUGCUGGAAGACUGGUAGGCAGCAUCAACAAAUGCACUGAGGCUGUCCAGGGGUGAUUCAUUAGUAGAACUACCCCUCACUGGAAACAGAUGGAUGUGACAACCAGGGUCUCUGGCGUACUCAGAACUAUUUGUGAACAAAUAUGUGGUGGUACACACACAAGCCCAGAAGCCUGUGUUAUGUGGCUGAAUUGGAGCUCUCUAGAGUCAUACUUGAACUGUUAUGUUCUUUUCAUCAUUUAUUCAUUUAUAAGCUUAGCUCCGUGCUGAGCAGGGUGGGUUAAAACAUUGCCUAAGAAAGAAGUAUGAAGGUCUGCAGGACUUGUCUAAGAAAAUAAUUACUUGUUCAGUAAAAUCACAAGCCAACCAAUUCUCUUUGCUCAGGUACAUUGUGGGUUUGUCCAAGACACUUCACACUAUAGAUGUACACUAUAGAUUAUAGAUGUCAUGUUUUUGCUACAAUGUUACUUUCAAAACUGAGUUUAUUUUUUUAUUGUGUCAUUUAUUUGUGACAGACUGUAUUGUAUGUACCUCAGCUAGCCAGGUUUGGCUGCAUUGUGGAUUUAUAUAGGAAUGUUGAUUUUAUUUAGCUGAGAGAAAUUGCCACCAUUUGUAGUAAGAGGACUAGUUAUCCAACCAGUUCCUGUCAGAGAAUGUUUUUUUUUUUUUGAGAAUGAAUGGUCCAACUGUUACAAAUAUUCUUAAGAGUUUUGAUAUGCUCAACAUUGUUUUAAUAAAAAUAUUUAAAGCUGUUGCUA